GUCCGUCUCCGAACUAUAUUUAGUUAUCGUCUCCGGUUUCACUUUCGUUUUGUUUGUUUUGUGUUUUAUAAUGCGACUUAUUACAAUUGGCCUUGUGGACAAAAAACCCAAUUGAAAUGGAUGAAAAAAAGUGUACAGUUGAUGAACUUCAAAAUGUGAUUACUGCUCCAACUGGUGGAUUAACAAUGCUACCCUCCACUGCUUAUGAUGAAGUAUAUCCAAAUCUAUAUCUCGGAGAGGAUACAAUAGCACUAAGCAGAGUAGGCCUGAGAAAUUUAGGAAUAACUCAUCUGCUUAAUGUGGCACAAGGAAAUUCCAAUUAUCAUGUGAAUGCAAAUGAUGUAAUGUACCAUAAAGUUAACAUUGAGUAUAUGGGAUUAGAAGCUACAGACCAAAUGAACUUUGACCUUUCCAUUUAUUUUGAGAAAGGAGCAACUUUUAUAGAAACAGGAUUAAAAAGUGGAGGAAAAGUAAUGGUAAACUGCAAGCAAGGGGUAAGCAGAUCAGCAACGUUGGUUCUUGCAUAUCUUAUGAUAAAAUGUCACAUGACAGCACAAGAAGCAGUACGAACUGUCAGAGCUAAGCGAGAAAUUGAUCCAAAUGAAGGGUUUCUACAACAGAUCUGUGAUUUAAAUGAAACUCUCAGGAAAGCUGGACAUUUUGAUAUACCAUCAAGUUGAUGAAUAGUUCAACAUUUUGAC